CGCUGACAACACCUGCAGCCAUGCUCAGGAAAGCAGUUAUACUCGCAUUCUGCACCAUUAUUGCUCUACAGCUGCCUACAACUUCAGCGGUUAAUCAUGGAGCUACAAUCCAGCCAGAUGAUAAGAAGUGCUUAACUAAUCCUGAUCACCCAGACUGCCAGCAGCCUCAAAACAAUGCACCAUCAGAUCAAAGAAUAGAAAAAGGAAACAGCUUUUUAGAUUCACUUCGAUCAAGGUCCCGUCGUUGUCCAUUUGGCACAUCGUUUUACACAAGCCAAAAGCGUGGAAUGCACCAAGGAUCUUCUAAUAGCAAAGGACUGUCCAAUUUCUAUGAUUCUCUAACUGGACCAAAAGGUUGGGAAUGGUUGUUUGGCAGUGAUGUUUAUGGCAAGGGUCAAGGAACAAAAGGCAGUGGAAGUGGACAAAAUGGUAACAGUCAGGGAGGAAACAGCAAUGGCAAUAGUCAAAAUGGGAAUGGUCAAGGGUCAGGUGGUUAUGGCAAUAGCCAAAAUGGGAAUGGUCAAGGAUCAGGUGGUUAUGGCAAUAGCCAAAAUGGGAAUGGUCAAGGGUCAGGUGGCUAUGGAAAUAGCCAAAAUGGGAAUGGUCAAGGGUCAGGUGGUUAUGGUAAUAGUCAAAAUAGUCAGGGGUCAAACAACAAUGAGAAUGAAGAAGAUGAGGGUAGUCAGGGAUCAAACAAUAAUGGGAAUGAUGAAGAUGAGGAUAGUGAGGAAUCAAACAGCAAUGGAUAUGAUGAAGAUGAAUAUAAUGAAGGAUCAAACAGCAAUGGGAAUGGUCAAAAUAGUCAGGGAUCAAAUGGGAAUGGGCAAAAUAGUCAGGGAUCAAAUAGCAAUGGGAAUGGGCAAAAUAGUCAGGGAUCAAAUGGCAAUGGGAAUGGACAAAAUGGAAAUGGUCAGGGAGGAAACAACAAUGGAUAUGAUGAGGAUGAAUAUAAUGAGGGGCUAAACAACAAUGGGAAUGGCCAAAAUGGAAAUGGUCAGGGGUCAAAUGGCAAUGGAUAUGGCCAAAAUGGUCAGGGAUCAAAUGGCAAUGGGUAUGGCCAAAAUGGUCAAGGGUCAAAUGGCAAUGGGUAUGGCCAAAGUGGACAAGGGUCAAAUGGCUAUGGGUAUGGUCAAAAUGGUCAGGGAUCAAAUGGCAAUGGGUAUGAUCAGUAUGGAAAUGGUCAAGGGUCAAACAGCAAUGGGAAUGGUCAAAAUGGGCAAGGGUCAAAUGGAAAUGGUUAUGGUCAAAAUGGUCAGGGAUCAAAUGGCAAUGGGUAUGAUCAAUAUGGAAAUGGUCAAGGGUCAAACAACAAUGGGUACAGUCAAAAUGGGCAAGGGUCAAAUGGAAAUGGGUAUGGUCAAAAUGGGCAAGGGUCAAAUGGCUAUGGAUAUGAUCAAUAUGGAAAUGGUCAAGGAUCAAACAGCAAUGGGUACAGUCAAAAUGGUCAGGGGUCAAAUGGAAAUGGGUAUGGUCAAAAUGGUCAGGGGUCAAAUGGCAAUGGGUAUGAUCAAUAUGGAAAUGGUCAAGGGUCAAACAGCAAUGGGUACAAUCAAAAUGGGCAAGGGUCAAAUGGAAAUGGGUAUGGUCAAAAUGGAAAUGGGUAUGGUCAAAAUGGGAAUGGGUAUGGUCAAAAUGGUCAGGGAUCAAAUGGCUAUGGAUAUGACCAGUAUGGGAAUGGUCAAUCAUCAUAUAAUAAUGGGAAUGGCCAAAACGGAAAUGGCCAGGGGUCAAAUGGAAAUGGCAAUGGUCAAAGUGGACAAGGAUCAAAUGGCAAUGGGUAUGAUCAAUAUGGAAAUGGUCAAGGGUCAAACAACAAUGGAUAUAGCCAAAAUGGUCAAGGGUCAAAUGGCAAUGGGUAUGGCCAAAAUGGUCAGGGAUCAGGAAACAAUGGGUAUGGCCAAAAUGGUCAGGGGUCAAAUGGCAAUGGGUAUGGUCAAAAUGGUCAAGGGUCAGGCAACAAUGGGUAUGAUCAUUAUGGGAAUAGUCAAGGGUCAAAUGGCAAUGGGUAUGGCCAAAAUGGUCAAGGAUCAAAUGGCAAUGGGUAUGGCCAAAAUGGUCAGGGAUCAGAUGGGAAUGGAUAUGGCCAAAAUGGUCAGGGGUCAAAUGGCAAUGGGUAUGAUCAUUAUGGGAGUAGUCAAGGGUCAAAUGGCAAUGGGUAUGGCCAAAAUGGUCAAGGAUCAAAUGGCAAUGGGUAUGGCCAAAAUGGUCAGGGAUCAAAUGGGAAUGGAUAUGGCCAAAAUGGUCAAGGGUCAAAUGGCAAUGGACAUGGUCAAAAUGGUCAAGGGUCAGGCAACAAUGGGAAUGAUCAAUAUGGGAAUGGCCAAGGGUCAGGCAACAAUAUGGUCGAAUCACAUGGUAGUAACAAAUUGGCUAGGUCUGUAGCUGCUAAAAACUCACAUAAAAGGCACUAUAUGAAAAGGGAAGUAUCAAAUCAAGAUAAUAUCUCUGCCAUUAAAAAACUGUACUAUCACAGACUACGCCCACGUUACAGAUACAGCCUAAUUGGACAAAAAACUAACAAACCAUAAAAUAAAAUUGAAUUCAUGUGAUCAACUAGCUCCUUAAGUUAGAUCCUAUCUGUUUAUCUGAUAAUCUAAAUGCAAGAUGUUUCUAUCUGAUUUUGUUGUCUUCACUGAUAACUAUCUGAGAAGAAAGUGUUUAUGUUGGAAGGCACCUUAAGAGGAUUAGAAAAUGCAUGCCAGUCAAACUGAGAUCAGUACUUUACGUGAAAGCAAAAUUCUGCAUUAUUUUCUCAUAUUAUCAUUGUGUAAUUUUGUUUACAAACCUCCUCUGAAUCUUCAGGAUAUCCUCUGGGCCAGUACCUGAAUUGUUAUUGAUUUGAGCAGUUGUUGAAAACUGCUCAUGUAAACUUCAAUAAUUUAAUAUUUAAAUGCAAAUUCUCAUUUGAACCAGAAUCAAUCGGGGGCUCAGCAAUAUCAGCUUUAAUUCAGUCCUGCAACCAACAUGGCCAAACUCAGAGAAGUUAAGUUAUACAAAUGCAUUUUCACAAUUAUCCCGCUGAUUGGGCCACCUAACUCAACCUACUCAAUCAUAUUUAUCCCAGGUAGCUGCAAAAAUCAUACUAAUAACAGUUAUGUUUUAUUCAUUUUCGAAUCUACCUGUUCAGAGGUGCUCUGACAUAUCUCGCGACCAUGUGGGAAUUCAACCCAGGCCUCCUGGCUCAGAGAUAGAAAGGAUUAAUUUUUAUUAGAACUGGCAUGAUUGAGGUAUUAACCAACUUAACCAAAUGAAUUUGCUCCAUGUGAAUGGAAUUUGGUUCUACAAGGUCACGAUUAGUUGGCUCUGGUUCAAAUCCCACUUGCUCCAGAGGUGUGGGUAAUAACAUCUCUGAACAGGUCAACUAGAAAAAUAGGUUGCAUUUUUUAAAAACUCAGACCACUGCAGGGUGGGGAGUUGGUGCUCUCUUAUAUCACAGUGGUAGUGUUCCCUGCCCCUAGACAGAGAUGUCCAGGUUCAAGUCCCACCUACUCUGCAGGUUUUUAAUAACAUCUCUUAAACAGAUUAAUUUUAAAAAAAGGUCCAAUCCUGAUAAUGUGGGCAAUAACUUUAUACUCUGUUAUCUGGCUCAGGAUCUUGGCAAGUCUGCAAAUACUUUAAAAUGUGGUAUAUUAUUAAUACCAUGUUGAAAGAUUGAUCCUCAAGGCAAUUAUCAUUCAGGUGGUAAAGGAUUGUCUGUAUGAAUUGAUAGUCACAUCUUACAUUUGCAAGUCGUACAUUCUGCAACAUUGAGCAAUCAUUUCAGACUCGGUCUCCAGGUAAAAGCAUAUUCAGUUUUACAAGUGAGAAAAUAACUUUUCUGAGAAACAAUUUCAAUGUCAACAGAUUUAGUUUGUAAAAAUACAUUCAGCUUUCAGUGAAGUUGUCUCAAAGUUGACCAGUAGUUAUCAUCUGUGUUUAUAGUAAUCUUUGGGUAUUUGUUGUUCUCCUGUGGGAUUAACAAUCCUUUCUGAAUUUAACUCCUAUCUUAAAAGUAAAGAGAUUUAAUAACAACUCUCAAAAAGGGAAUAUGAGAUACAAUCUCAGUCUAUGUAGAAAAAUAAGAGAAGUGGGACCAAUUGGGUAAUUCCUGCAAAGAGCCAGCACAAGCAUAAUGGAUUGAAUGGCCACUUUCUGCAAUAUAUGAUUCCGUGUUAAAGUGUGAUAUAGGAUAGAAUCUAUUGCCAUGACACAGAAGUUAAAGAAUGUCAAGUUUUAUACAGGCUGGCUGACUGCUGGGAUUUGGUUGUUCGGUUGGUUGGAGGAUUCCAUUGACACAAACUGAUGGUCUUUCUUUUCCUUUCACACCUUAACCCACAAUGUCAUUUAAUGUAAAGAUAAAAUGUCUGUAAUGUCUCUUGGUUUCCUUCAUACUGUUGCCAGUGACUGCCCUGGAUACUUACACUGUUGUCUCCAUAUCACACCAAUAAAGGUUUCUGUAAUCUCA